ACAGGUUCUUACAUCCCCGAAGACACGUGAUCCUUCUCCUACUGCUGUGUAUAUACACAAUAUUUAUGUAUAUAUCCCCUACAGGUGUGUAAAUAUCUCCCUACAGAUGUUUAAAUAUCUCCCUGCAGGUGUGUGUGCCCCUGGAACACCUGGGGACCCAGAUGUAAGAUGUUGACCCGCUCGUUCGAGGGUGAUGGGUGGCUCUGGCUUCGUCCCUUACCACCCUGCCUGCCUACCACCGUCUCUCUGCGCCUCUUAACCUCUCAUCCCAACGCUAUCCUCCUCUAUUCUGGGCCUCUCACAGCCUCUGUGGAACAACCUAUUAUCCCACCUGGCCAUCCAAUCCCACCCAUCCUCGUCCUGCAGCUAGUGGAAGGUCGGCCACAGUUGAUAUUACAAAGACCAGAAGGGUUGCUAAGAGUGCAGGUCGAAGCCACAGUCAAUGACGGGGAAUGGCACACGAUCCACGUGCGUCUGGAUGACCAGAUUGUGGGUGUCAUGGUGGACUAUUGUGGACGUGGGUGGCAGGUAGAUGAUCCGGACCAUUCCCACUGUCUGGCGUGGGCGGCCUGGACACGCCCCACGGGUGCUAAGGAGUGGGCAGGGGGCUGGCCAUUGCAGGUGGGCGGCUUGGCUCACACACCCAGCUCUCCGGGCUCCCACGCCUGGAGUGCCACGCCCACCCCACGCCCACUGAAUGGCUGCGUCUCCCAUCUUACCAUCAACGGUCAGCUGGAGGACCUCGGCUCGCCGCCCAACGCCCACAACACAGCCUCCGGGUGCCGCCCACAGCAGGAGGCCUGCCCAUGGGGGUGUGGCCCCCGGGGGCACUGCGCAGGCGGCCUACACCGCCCCCAAUGUCAAUGUAUGGCUGGGUGGAGUGACCAGAACUGCGCCACGCCCACAGUACCCGUCACUCUGCGCUCCUCAUCUUACCUGAAGACUGCGCUGUCCUUCACUCCAGGGUCGUGGGAAGUGAGCGCGCAGGUGCGCAUCAGAAUGACGGCUGCUCGGCAUGGAUUGAUACUGAGGCUUGCUCAGCGCCAUCACCGCUCAGCGCUCAACCUGCAGCUACGUGCGGGCGUGGCGUGCGUCUCCGUGUCUGGCGUGGGGUGGGUGGCGCGGGAGGCGUGCGUGUUGGGGCGACCCUUGCACGACGGGGCGUGGCACGUCGUGCGGACGGAACGACACGGCCACAACCUCGUCAUCAGCGUCGACGACGGCGACCUUUGGCUCCGAAACGAGACGCUGGCGACGCUGGACGUCAUGAGUGCCCCGGGGGGAGGCGAGAAUGGGCGCGGGGUGAGGACACCGCCCCCAGGCACCUCACCCCGCGGGCCCCUGCCGCCGCCUCCGCCCCUGGAGGUGGACAGACACGACGGAGUGACGGUCGGAGGCGUGCCGGAGUUCGUGGGUGUCAGCCUGGUGGCCGUCCACCACGACCUCCACGACGUGUGCUUGGACGACUUGAGGGUAUCAGGGCGGCCUCUGCCUCUCCCGCCCUCCUCCAAUGGCACUGCCUGGGGCCAGGUGACGACGCUGGAGGGCCUGGAGAAGGGGUGCCACGUGCUGGACCCCUGUGAGGGUGCCAACUGCUCUCCCCCACUCUCCUGCACCACCACCUGGGGCCAACCCGUCUGUAGGUGCGGCCCAGGGAGCGAGCUAGUGGGCCGCACUUGUGCCGACGUGGAUGAGUGUAUGUGCGGCCCGUGUCUCCACGGCGGCACCUGUCUGAACCAGCAGCCAGGGUACAGCUGCCUCUGCGGCCCGGGAUACCAAGGAUCCAGCUGCCAGUGGCCCACCCUGGCCACGCCGGUUCAUCCCCUGGCCGCUCCUCUCACCGUGGCGGCCCUGGCCGCAUCUUUGCUUCUCGUGGUGGUGGUGGGCGUCCUACUCUCACUGCGCCUUCACCGAUGGCGUGCAAACCGGGGCCCGAGACCCCAGGAGGAGCAGGAAGCGGGGACCUUCAUGGAGGUGGAGAGGAAUACGGACGCGGAAGGAGGGAGGAAGAGGAGAAGUUCGGGGGAAGAAGCUUCGCUGGAGGGAGAUGGACCACAUAAAGCUUUUCUUCAACUGAUGAGUCUACCUUCUCCUAGACCGCAACUGAAAAUGGGAACAAAAGACAUUCCUCCUGACGCCGGGACAGCGCUUGACCCAUGUGGGUCGCAGGUCAUACACAGCCAAAACCAGGCUUCCUCAUCUACUUCAAGACGUCUCGAUAUAAUAGGGGAAGACGAGGAGUGCUCCAGGAUAAAGGAACAACUCCAAAAGCCAGAUAUUUCAGGGGUUGUCGAUCUACUUAAGCACCUCCCUGAAACCCUCAAGUCAUUCAAUGUGCAGCUCGAGGAACUGGAGGCUACGAGGCCGGAGGCAGAGGCUACAGGGAUGGAGGCAAAGGCAACUAGGACGGACGCGGAAGCUACGAGGACGGAGGCAGUAGGUACGAGGACGGAGGCCGAGACUACGAAGACGGAGCCAACGAGGACGGACGCAGAAGCUACGGAGACGGAGGCAGAGACUACGAGGCCGGAGGCAGAGAUUACGAGACCGGAGGCGAAGGCAGAAGCUACGAGGACGGAGGCAAAGACCCUAAAUAAUCAGCAACCCUUGCUACAAAAAAUAUUUUCAGUUACAAAUUAAUUGCAGUCAACUAUUAGUGACAUUUGUUACAAGAUAAAUCAAUAGUUAUUUAAAGAACAACAGAAAUCACACACACACAAUCACAAGAUACAAUCAUCAAGAUAGACAUCACAAGAAAGACAUCAGAUAGACAUCAUAGAAAUCACAAGAUAGACAGAGACUACAGGA